AUGACGGUGGCAGACGCGAGCGACAAGCAAGACGAGGCGCUCGCCGCCGAGAAGAACCCGCGCCGCAAGAGGCAGCCACCGCCGCUCCCCGCCGUCGACGCGACAGACACCGUCGCCUUCUUCCUCCUCGACUGCCUGCGCCGUGUGCUCGCCGCGGCCGCCGACGUCGAGGCGCUGCGCGGGAAAGGCUCCGGACUCGGAGGGUACAGCCCCGCCGCCGACGCUACUUCUCCCGGCAGUCGCGACCACGCGCGCCGGCCGAUGGGCCACCUCGGACCCGGAGGCGCGCUCGAGUCAGGUGGCAUGUCGAGUGCCGGCGACGCGCUCGCGCCGCUGCGAGGUGCGCCCGACGGCUUGCUCGCCUUUUGCUACGGCCGGCUGCACGUCGGCCAGCCUGCGCCGAUCCAGCGGCUUGCGUGCGAGUGCGUGGGCAUCUUGUCGCUCGUCUCUUCCGACCGCGACGAGCGAGAGUGGGUCUCGUACCAGCGGGGAGCGAGGCACAUCCACCUGUCGACUCACUCGGCGGAGCAGGCAGGGCAGCAGAUCCGCAUCGUCGCAUUGUACGCCCCGUCGGGAUCGCUCGGCGCCAUGGUCAAGGGGCUCGAGAAGGAGGCGCUCACCUUCCGGCUCACCAGUGAGGCGGGCACCUAA